GUAAACGUAGCCCUAAACGUGAACGUAGCACGUACGGCCGUUUCACUAAAAGUUACGACUUGCGAUUUACGAUUAAGAUCGAUCGUAACUCCACGAGUGGGCUAGGGCUAUCUUAACAAUACUUACGUGCACGUAAAGUCGGUAAACAAACAAAAUGGCUGCUCUUAUACUCAUGACAGACGACAUAGCGAGAAGACAAUUACGUCGAGAACGAGUGUUUCGAGACAGGGCGAAUCCACUUGACUACCUACAAGAUGUGGAGGUAGUCGAGAGAUAUCGGUUGCCUCGUCCGUUUAUUUACCAACUGAUGGACGUAAUUGCAGAGGAUUUGAAGAGGACAACACAAAGAAGCCACCCUCUUCCCGUUUCUACACAAGUGUUAGUAACAUUGAGGUAUUUGGCAAAGGCUUCCUUUUUUUCUGAAUGUGGAGAUCUACACGGAAUUUCUCGUGCGAGUGUCAGCAGAUCCAUCGAUGCUGUUACAAAAUCUAUUUGUUCAAAAAUUGAUAAUAUAAAUUUCCCCACAGAAAAUGAAGCCAUCCAAAUAAAGCAGGACUUUUUCAAGAUGGCAGGAUUUCCCAAUGUACUUGGGGCAAUUGAUGGGACCCUCAUUUCCAUCAUUGCUCCAAAGGAGAACGAGCCAGAGUACGUCUGCAGGAAGGGGUUUCAUGCAUUAAAUAUACAAGUUGUUGCUGACGCCUCCUUGAGAUUUCGUAAUGUGGUAUGCAAAUGGCCAGGCUCAGUUCAUGACUCUUUCAUGUUUUCGAACUCUGCUUUGAAAGACCAUAUGGAGGCUAGAGAUGAUGGAUGGCUUUUGGGUGACUCGGCAUAUGCUUUGAAGAAGUACAUGAUGACACCAAAGUUAAAUCCAUCUACCGCUGCUGAACAGUCGUUUAAUGCUGCACACAGCAGGACUCGUGUUGUGGUUGAAAGAGCACUAGGAGUAUGCAAGUCCCGCUUCAGGUGUAUACAUAAAUCUGGUGGAGUGCUUCUUUUUACCCCUGCAAAAUCUGUACAGAUCAUAAUGGCGUGUUUAAAGCUGCAUAAUAUGUGUGUACAGAUGAGGAUUCCAGCUGAGGAGAAUGAGGUACUGAUAAUGAAUCAGGAUGAUGCCCACCCACAGGUUCCC